UCUAUUUCUCUCUCUCCCUCUCCCUAAAACCACAAAGAAAAAAAGUAGUAAGUCUGAAAUUUUUUUUUGCUGAGGUUUCUCUUUUCUUUGGGUAUUUUCUGUGUGCAUCAAUGGAUGAGAAAGGAAGAAACUUGAAGAACAACAACAUGGAAGACGAAAUGGACCUGAAGAGAGGUCCAUGGACCGCUGAAGAAGAUUUUAAGCUCAUGAAUUACAUUGCUACUCAUGGAGAAGGUCGAUGGAACUCUCUUUCUCGUUGUGCAGGACUCCAACGCACCGGUAAAAGCUGUAGGUUACGGUGGUUAAACUAUCUCCGCCCUGAUGUCCGCCGUGGAAACAUUACCCUCGAAGAACAACUCUUGAUCCUCGAACUUCAUUCCCGUUGGGGCAAUCGAUGGUCAAAAAUCGCACAAUACCUACCGGGAAGAACAGACAAUGAGAUCAAAAACUACUGGAGAACCCGAGUUCAAAAACAUGCAAAGCAGCUUAAAUGCGACGUGAACAGUCAGCAAUUCAAAGACACAAUGAAGUAUUUGUGGAUGCCUAGGCUGGUCGAGAGGAUCCAAUCUGCCUCGGCCGCAGCCACCGUAGCCACAACCACCAACACCACUACCACGACAGUAUCAGCCGCUACGUCAUCUAGCAACACAACCUCUAACAAUCAAUUCAUGACGUAUGAUUACAACAACAACAGCAUGGGACAACAAUUUGGUGUAGUGAACAACGAUUAUAUCACGCCCGAAAACUCUAACGUGGCAGUGUCUCCGAUGUCAGAUUUGACGGAGUACUACAGCGCUCCAAACACGUACCCGGAAUACUAUUCGGGUCAAGUGGGGAAUAGCUAUUAUCCGGAUCAGGACUUGGUGGUUCCGCAAAUAUUACCGGAUAAUUAUUUGGAUUAUUCUGGAUUAUUAGACGAAGAUUUGGCGGUUAUGCAGGAGCAGAGUAACCUUAACUGGUUUGAAGAUAUUAAUGGAGCUACUUCUUCUUCAGACAGUUUAUGGAACAUUGGAGAAAGUGAUGAAGACUUAUGGUUUUUACAGGAUCAAGAACAGUUCAACAAUAAUGGCAACUUCUGAAUAGAAUUAAAAAAUUAGAAUCGUUAAGUACUUAAUUAAACAGGAAGUAUACGUGUGAAAGACAUUUGUUCAAGGGGAAUAAUUAAAGAUAAGGAGUGUUUACGAUAUUAUAUUAGGAUAUAUGAUCAGCUUUUUGGUUCCAAGCUUGAUCAAUAUGAUUGGUUUUGCCUUUUUUUUGGGGGG